AUGGAUUUAUUAUAAGACCCUAAAGGAGAUAGAUAAGUAAAUACAAUACCAACCCCACCUCAUAGACCAUUAAGUGAAGAGUUAUUGUUUAUAGAUGACAAACCAAACUGGAAACUAUUAAAAGAACAUCUUUUCAAGGAGGGAAGAAUAACAAAGAACUAAUUAAUGAGAAUAGUAGAUAUGUGCAAUUAUCAAUUAAAAAAUGAAGGUAACGUGAUUUAUGUGGAUGAUCCACUUACUCUUGUUGGAGACAUUCAUGGACAAUAUUAUGAUUUGAUGAAAAUUCUUGAAUUAGGAGGGGAUCCAGAAUAAGGAAAAUAUGUAUGAG